CGUGGGAAAGCUUGUCGGUUCAUACGGAUGAACUUCUGUCUCACCUGACACACGCUGAGGAUACGCUCUGUAAUAUUAUCGAAAAAUGAAGAGAAAUCAUGAUUUUAGCUCCUCGGACAGUGAGCUCGAUGAGAAUAUCGAAGUGGAGAAGGAGAGUGCUGACGAAAAUGCCGGUGUGAAUUCCCCACUCGGAUCAAUGUCUCCAUCUACAACCUCUCAAGUGCAAGCGAGAAAACGUCGCAGAGGAAUCAUUGAGAAGCGCCGCAGGGACCGGAUAAAUAACAGUCUGUCCGAGCUGCGCAGACUGGUGCCCAGCGCGUUUGAGAAACAGGGCUCUGCUAAACUAGAAAAAGCAGAAAUUUUGCAGAUGACCGUAGAUCAUUUAAAGAUGCUUCAUGCAGCUGGAGGAAAAGGUUACUUUGAUGCUCACGCGCUGGCCAUGGAUUACCGUGGACUGGGUUUCCGCGAGUGUCUGGCAGAGACGGCGCGUUACCUCAGUAUCAUCGAGGGCCUGGACAACACCGACCCCCUCCGCAUCCGCCUGGUUUCGCAUCUGAACAGUUACGCUUCACAGAGGGAAGCUCAUUCGGGAUUGGGCCACUUGGCAUGGGGCUCUGCAUUCGGGACGCCGCCCGGCCACCUGGCUCACCACCUCCUCCUGCAACAACAGCAGCAGGGGGCGCCGCUCCCGCGCAGCACCAGCAGCCCUCCAUCCUCUAAUUCUUCAUCGCCCUCCUCCUCAUCUUCAUCCGCUCCCUCCACAGAGCCGCAUGCCCCCAGCAGGCUGACCGGCACGGUGAUUAGCGAGGCAGGGCAGACGGGACCGCUGAGGGUGCCGCCCAGUACCUCCCUGCCUCCUGGGCUCACACCACCUACUACAUCCAAGCUUUCUCCGCCACUCCUGACGUCACUUUCGAGCCUGUCAGCGUUUCCCUUCCCGCUGAGCGCAUUUCCUCUGCUGUCCCCGAGUUCGCUGGGCCCCGCGGCUCCCUCCAGCAGCCUGGGGAAGCCCUAUAGGCCUUGGAGCAUGGAAAUAGGGGCCUUCUGAACUCUGCAAAAACAUGAACGCUGCGGACAGUCAGUUUAAAAUGACUUUUCUCUGUAACAUCUGACUAUUUCAAAGAGAUGGACAUAACCGCUGAAUUCCUCUCUGUACAAAGCGAAUACAGAACUGAUGUACUUAUUCGAACAACCCUGUUUUUUGAAAUUGUCCCGUCUCAGGUUGAGCAGAAAUAAGUUCUGGAGAUGGUCGGGUUCUCGCCUAUCAAUUCUGAACAAAUCUAGUUCUUUUGUCCCUCAGUGGAGAAAGGCUAAUAGAGAAAGAGAGAGAGAGAGAGAUGGCUGUUAAUGGAGUUUAACUCUAACAAGAUUUAAAGGUGCAGUGUGUAAAUUUUAGCGGCAUCUAGUGGUGAGGUUGCGAAUUGCACCCAACGGCUCAGUCCACCGCUCACCCCUCCCUUUCAAAGCAGGUAGAGAAGCUGUGGUGGCUGACACAGGACAAAGAUGUCGUCGUCUGAGACAGCAGAGAGUAGCUAGUCAAGAAAACGCACUCUGUAGAGCAGUUUGUCCGUUUAGGGCUACUGUAGAAACAGUAGUUUUGCGGCGCAAAAUGGCGAAUUCGAUGUAAAGGGACCCGCGGUGUAUGUAGAUAGAAAUGGCUCAUUCAAGGUAAUAAAAACAUAACGGUUCAUUAUGUAAGGUCUUAUACACCACUGAAAACAUAGUUAUGUAUAUUAUAUUGCAUUUCUGUCAAUAGAUCCUCCUAAAUAUUACACACUGGACCUUUAAUUAUAUAAAGAAAGAUUUGAUAACAUGUGAUAUAUAUUUGCAUCCUACUUCUCCUCCAGAUUAAAAGGCGGGAUUUUUCAGAGAAUGAUCUUUCAAAUUAGAUUUUUUUUUUUUUGAGGAAAACUGUUCAGCAUUUCCAUGAAACUAUGCAAUGAAGUUGAGGUUUUCCAACUUUCCAUCUGCAAAUAUACAAAACCUAUGCAACUGAACCUGUAUUCCUCAGCUGAGUGUACUUUAUUUUUUAUAAAGAUUUUAAGUAAUUUUGGUCAGUGACCUGCAGUGUGUGUUUAUUUGUUUAAAAUGUAAUGAAUUUGUGUUUGCAGGGAUGGACCACUGGUACACCUUUACGGAGACAAUCUAAAUAGACAAUCUCUCAGAACUGCACUAAUUUAAUUGUAGCAAAGGCACUGUUAGGUUUGUUAAUAGCAGAAUUGAGCGCUUAUGGGCACGUUCACCCUUCAUGCCCCAAAUCAUCUCUCUCUCUCACUCUCUUUGUUAACUGUACUUUGGAAAACAAGAUCGUUUUUUAUGGUAAUAGGGAAUUUGCACUGGCAAAUCAGAUAAGACUAGGGGAAUAGAUAGUACUGGAAGAGAUGAUGUGGUACUGUGCCUGUCCCUCACUAACCUGUGUGACUUUCCUGUAAUAAAAUGAUAUGUGUAGCUAAUAACCCUG